AUGGCUUCGCUCGGUGAUACGACCCUACCGUCGACGCGUCGGACACGCAGGUCUAUCGGAGCGACCAGUUUGUCGAGGAAGAAUGGUGACAAAGAGAACGCGACCAUUGACGUGGGUAGUAGUCUUGCUGAAAGUCGCAAGAAGUCGCGAAGCAAGAGUAUUGGUCCCGGAGGCCUGGAUACCCUCAAGAACGGAAAUGGGAACCGCAGAGCUUCCCUGGCAGUGCCUUCACGGCCCCCGCCUCGAUCGAUUUUGAAGCCUACGAUGCCUCUGUUGCCCGAGAUACCGCCACACCGCAAACGGGGGGCAGACCUCAUCGAUCUCGGUCCGCCGAGGGCGAGCACUCCGACGACAACAGGCAGCACCGAUCUCACUGGUUCUGGAUCCAAGAUUGCGCUACGCACAGAGGAGGAACAACAGGCUGCGGCAAAGGAGCGGGAGCGCAGAGACGCGCGCCGCAAAUCUCUCGCCAAUCGUCGCGUGUCAUUUGCAGCCGAGGCCACCCUUCAUACAUUCCACGAGAUUGAGUUCAUGCAGGACUCGACAUCGUCAACCGAUUCGAGGCGCCGCAGUUCAUCAGCCGGAGGCAGCUCCGACGAAGCACCGCCAAACCGUCCGUCAACACCACAAGACCAGGAAGAGGAUGUUGUUCCGCAAUCACCAGACAACCAGCGAGAGCUGCACCAGAAGAAACGUAGAAGAAGCUCCACCGCUCCUCUGAUUGAGUUUACAGAAGACGAGGAAGACACCAUGGCGACCGGUUUCAGUUCCGACUCGGAGCCGCCAGAUGCUGUAGAGGAUGUCGGCGACGAGGAAGAAGAAGAAGCAUCGGACUCCAAUAGUGACUCUGAUGACGACGGCACGAUGAUGACAGUCGAUGACCACGAGGUCACUGGCGCAUCGGUCAUGUCUUCGCGCACCACCGGAACGGACGAUGACCAUGACACACUGGAUGAUGCACUCCGAGCGGCUGCACGGCAUGCUGGCACACAAAGGCUGGGCUUCGAUGACAGUGACGACGAGGAGGUGAUUCCUUCUUUCGGGUGGAUCAAGAAAGACAAGCCCCAAGCAGAGGCAGGUCAGGAUCAAGAGAACGUUAAGCCACAACCGCUUGUCCGUAACAGCCCUCCUCAGGAUGACGAGGAGGACGACAUGGACAUGGACAUGGACUUCACUUCCGCUGUUGGGGGAAUCCUUGGCAACAAGACGUCUCAAGGUAUCGAACCUGACGAGGAAAUGUCCAUGGAUGUUACCCGUGUUUUGGGAGGCAUUCUGUCGAAGAACAAUAGCCAGUCAGCAUCGGCGAAAACAGCCUCCGAGGAUCAGACCAUGGAUUUCACUCAAGCAGUUGGAGGUAUCCAGAGAUCCAAAGUCAACGGCCAUCUAUUCGCUGCGCCGGACGAUAACGAGGACAUGUCGAUGGAAUUCACCAGCGCAAUUGGUGGUUUGCUGCCGACGCACACCAAGAGUGGCACGGCACAGACGCGCCGGAGAACGAUGACUUCCAGUAACAACCCAGAAGAGUCAAUCAUGGACAUGGAUAUGACGGUCGGCGUCGGCCGGAUCUUGCCCAACUCAGACAACACAUUCCACGGCGACCAGACAAUGGGCAUGGACAUGACUGUUCCCGUGGGCCGCAUCCUUUCGGCAGAAGACGAACCUGCAGAUGAAGAGGAAGCGACUGGGCUCAUGGACAUGACUGUCCCCUUCGGCAAGAUCUUGCCUUCAGCGGAUCGGUCGCCUGAGCAGGAAGAGGCGACUAUGGGAAUGGACAUGACCAUUCCCGUCGGCCGGAUUCUGCCGUCUUCCCAAGCUGCGGAUCACGAGGAAACCACGACGGGUAUGGACAUGACUUUGGCUGUCGGGGGCAUCAUCAGACCGCCCCAGUCGCCCGAGGCUCGGGUUGCUGCCAAGAAACUCAUGGAAGCGGAAGUAGACAAGCCUGACACGCCGAGCAAAGCUAUGCUGGGCAAACCUGCAUCCCCUGCCAAAAAGCUUGCCGCUUCGGUCAAGAGAAACACUUCAUCAGCAUCGGAUAUUGGAAGCAGUCCCGGGUUCAAUCCUUUCCAGGGCAGAGGUCUCCGCCAGAGUAUGCCACGCGCAGGCGCCGCUUCAAUGUCCCCGGACCGAACGAGAACGCCCAGCCCUCCAAAGUCUGCAGCUCCCACUCCUGCCGUCGCCGAGACCCCACUCGAUAGUUCGCCAGUCAAGACGCCGCAGUCACUCAAGAAGCGAGGCCGCCCCAAGUCACCCGUCAGGAAGCCUGCUACUCCCUCUCCCGAAAAGGCGCCUAGUCGUCUGAGCAUUUUUCAGCAAGACCCGACCACCGGCGCAAGGACCCCGACAGUCGUCCUUACUCCCCAAACCCGCAGACAUUCCGGUAUCGGUGCAGAUAAGCCCGGACUGGGCUCGCCUCGAGUUGCCGCUCUUUUGGACCGCAGAGGAUCACUUGGCGAGACCGUUAAAGAGUUUGUACCCGGCAAGGACCGAGGGGUCAAAUUUGCCGACCCACAAGUCAUCGAAGAAGAGAUCGACAAAGACCGUCAGGAAGAAGAAGACAAAGAAUCCGGUCGGAAGAUACUCGAGCGUGAGGCCGACGGCGGCGAGAAUGAGAAAGAGGCGACCCUGAACCUAAGGGAAAUGAUUGAGAGCUUGAGUCCGAAGAAGAGUCGCAUGCGAAGUCGCAAGAGUCUUCAUGUCGGAAGCGCAAGAGGGCUACUCGGCAAGCGGCCCGCUGAGCUCGAUGAUGAGGAUGGCGAGGGCUACGAUGGCGUCAAGAGGCUCAAGGGCCAUCAAGGCAGUCCUGUCAAGAAUGUCAAGCUGCAACAGCCGCCCAGUAAGGCAGAGACCACUGGUCGCAGAUUGACUCGGUCAGCCCGGAAGAGCAUGGAUGAAGACGCCGCAUCGAAAGCCACGCCCACCCAUUCCGAUUCCCCUCUGAAAAUGGCGACCUCGGCCAAGUCACCAAAAUCGCACGGUCGCUUCAAAGACGUCGAAGACGACACAAUGUCUCACCCGAUGAACCUUGAUGGUUCUCCUGUCCAAGACGAGGACGAGCUCAUGAAGGAACAGUCUGGAGAGCGUAUUCAUUUGCAAGACUUCCUGAACAUGACUUCAAUUCGUUUCAUGGAGUUGACAACCACCAAACGAAGACACACGCAAGCCCCAGAGAUGUUCAAGGACGGGCUGUUGGGUGGGAAAGACGACUUGUCAAUGGAACGCUGCGUCGUAGCCGGUGCCUGCACGGUGCCAAUGCUUGAGCUUUAUCAACACUCCUGUCGCGAGCUGAAGAAAUACAUCUCUGAAGGCCGCAGCAUCGUUCGGGAGAUCGAAUCGGAGACCUUCGAAGAGAACCCACCGCUGUUCCGCGAGUACAUGUCGGCUACGCCCGAUUUCAAGAAUAUCCUUGACAACCAGUUCAAGAACAGCAAGACUCACGCUCGUCUGGAAAGCAAGGCCAUGUGGUACGAGUGGCGAACAAAACUCCAGGAAGGUCUGAGAGAGGGCCUUGUUAGGAUCGCUGAGGGCAUGGCCGCCGAUGACAAGGUCCUUGAUCAACAGCAAAAGCUGCUCUCUUCUGUCUUGCCUGCCAUUGUGACACGCUUCACUGCCCUUCAACAAGAGCAUGAGAACUUGCAAGCCGUCGCAGAAGAGCUUGCUGACUGCGACCCGGAAGAGCUCGAUGCCGCCAGGUCUGACUUGGCUAACAUCGAAAGUGAUGUGGAAGAGAAGACGCGGCGUGUUGCUGAGCUCCGACAGGAAUUGGAGGAGGCAGAACAAGACGUGGAAGAAUUGAAGCAGGAGAAGCAGCAGUGCCACGAGGACAUCAAGGAAGCGGAAAGGAUCCGCGAGGAAUGCCGGGGCUGGUCGAUUAGCGAGAUCAGUGCGCUCAAGGCGCGAGUGGAUUCUCUCGAAAAGCAACAUGGCUGGGCCGUGACCGGGGUUUCCGGGAACACCAUUUCGAUGACGUACCGAAAAGAAAUCGAACUGGUAUUCGAUCUGGCAUCUUUUCAGCAUGGCCGGAAGAAUUCGCGGAUCGAUCUUUGGUACAUCGCUGCAAACCGCGAGACCAACCCUGUGCCGUUGACAACCGAAAGGGACUUUUUCCUACAGUGCAUCCGGGACCACAUCCGUGGACUGCCGCAGAGCCGCACUAAAAUUGCGGACCUCCUCCACCUGGUUCGUGCCGCAUGGGACAUGGCUGAUUGCACCUCCAACCACAUUCGGCAGCUCAACAUCACAUUUCCCACGGCUGUUGCCAGGACGUCGGACUCGUCCGUUGCUGUGAAGUCAUCCCUCCUUCUACCCCAAAUCGAGACCAAAGUGGAAAUUGUCCUCGAGAUCCGCGGUUCGAACAAGCCUGACGGCAUCGAGUUUACCCUGCAUCCCGAGGCCAAGGUUGUCUAUGGAGAGCACUUUAACACUGGAAAGAUGGGAGAAUUCUUGACGACGCAUCUGGGAGAUCGGGCGUUGUCUCGGGAGGGGGAUGCGCCGUCGUGGAGCAAUGUGGUCGUCGACCUUCAUGAGAGGCUUCUGGCGAGAGGAAGGAAGCAGGGCUAG